AUGGUUUCGAGCCAAGAACUUCUGCAGAGCGCCGCAAAGUUUGGCUCUAUAGAGACGUGCGUCAGGGCCGUAUAUCUCAGAGCUACUCGCAAGCUGACCAAGUCCCGCAGCGACGACUGGCCGCGCAUUCUGGAGGACGUCCUAGCACGACUCGAGAAUGCAAUUCGCGACUUUCCCGCCGUAAUCGUCCCUGCGCCCGAUCUCCCACCAGCACGACCGCCGCCAAUAUUAGCAUCGCCCCUCAAAGCAGACGAACCAUCAAGCCAGGACUCGCACGUCACAGACAAGGAGAAUGCCCCGCCCGCAACCCCCUCUCCGCGCCCGCCAGUCCCAGCCUUUGCGCAGCGAACCCCCCAGUCCUCCGACAUAUCCACCCCAGCUCUCCCCAGCGCCCCUGACAGCGAUCUCGUCUCCGCUCUCUCCGCCCUCCCCGUCGAGCUGCGCCCCCUCUACGUCUCCAUCGUUGAUAGCCUGACCAAGAACUUCCCCAAACAGGCCCCACACACUGUCCAGCGCCUCGCGGAACUGAUCCUCAACCCAAAGCAGCACUACCGCUUCCUCCCGCCCUACCUCCGCGCCCUCGACCGCGUCGUCUGCGUCUCAAGCAGUAUCUCUGUCUUCCCCCUCCCCCAAGCCGCUGUCCCGUCUGGCGGCCUGCUGAACGGCACCACGAGCCCCGUCUCUAAUAGCGCCGCGGCAGCUCUGGGCAGCGACGAAAGUCUCGGCGGCGCACUGCUCACACCGAUCCCCUGGCUGCGACCCGACCACGAGCGGUUGGGGUCAGCAGUUGCGGCAGCGGCAGGCGGCGCAGGUGGACCUAGUCAGAGCGAGCUCAAGUCCGAGAGCUCCCAUAUUGUCGAUGGCCCCAAUGGCGCGGGUCGCAUCGAGACCGUCACGGUUGUGAACGGCGUCAUCACUACUGCUACCUCAACCACUACGACAUCAGCAGUCCCCACUUCCAGCGCGACGACGAUCAGCAACCCGGCACCCUCAGCAGCCCCCGCCGCGGGCGAGUUAGAAGAGUCCCUCCGCGCAGGCGGCGCAGUGACCCAGGGCGAGCUCUUGCGGCAGGAGCAAGAAGCGGGCGUCGUGCCCGUCGCACAGACCUCACCACGCCGAUCACUGCUCUCCAGCACUGGUAUCAGCACCAAUUCUACUUCAGAUUCAUCAACAAUUGCGGACGGCGCCCCUGAAGCCGGCACCGACGCAGACGAACACCCAGAAGAACACCCUCACGCACGCGGCCCCAAUGAGAUCGGCAUGGAGGACAUGGGACCGCAGGAGCGGGCGCUGGGCGGGGAGCUAGAUAUGGAGGCGGCGGUUGGGAGAGCGGUGGGGAGGAGUGAGGGACACGGGAGCAGGGAAGAGGGGAGAGCGGGCGCGGCUCAGAGCGCGGAGGUACAGGCAGACACGGAGAUGACGGACGCGGACGCGGAUGGGGAGGUUGAAGCGGAGGUUGGGAUGGUGGAUGCCGGUGUGGUUGGGGAGGCGGAUGCGAAGUAG